AAAUUUCAAUGCAAACGCAAUUUAGCAUGUCUGAUUACAAAAUCGUAUUGCGAUGUUUUAAAAUCAGGAGUUGGGUCACAAUAUCUAUAGUGCGUAUUUUGAGAGUUGACAAGGCGCGGUUUAGUCAACGAUGGCUGACAAAAUGAAAGAAGUAGAAGUCUUUUUGCCGGAACUGAAAAAGAAAUCGAAAAAAUUUGGAUGGGCAGGAUUUAAGCCUGAUUGUUUACAAAUAUUUAAUGGUCCAAAAUGCUUUCUUGUUGUUCUUGUACCAUAUACAAUAUGUCAAGCCAUAAUAGCAAUGGGUUUGUCCAAUCUCACUUUACCGAGUAUUGAGAAAAGAUUCAGUCUGACCUCAACAGAUCUUGGAGUGAUAAUGGCCUCAAAUGACGUCAUGGCUUUAGUGCUGGUGCUGUUUAUUAGUUUCUACGGUGACUAUGGUAACAAGAUUCGUUGGAUUGGCGGAGGUGGCGUUAUUUUAGGUAUUGGUUCAUUAUUGUAUGCUCUACCGCACUUUCUUAUUGGUCCAUAUGACUCAUCGCAUAUGGGAAGUAAUGGAUUCAUAUGUAUGAUUUCUAAUACAACAUCUACACAAUGUAAUAUGAAAAGUGACAGUAGAUGGUAUUAUAUGGCAAUAUUUAUUAUUGCGCAAUUAAUAAUGGGAGCUGGCACAUCUCCAUUUUAUUCAUUACUACCCGCUUACCUUGAUGAAAAUGUCCAUCCUAAACAUACACCCGUUUAUCUCGCCAUUUGGACAUGCGCAACAUUCCUCGGUCCAGGCCUAGGAAUGAUUGUUGGAGGAAAAUUUCUCAGCAUUUACGUGGACCUGGAGAAACCCAAAGGUGUGAACCUCAAGCCACGUGACCCACAAUGGAUCGGCGCAUGGUGGUUGGGUUUUGUCAUAUUUGGAAUCCUUACUAUCAUAUUUUCUAUUCUUCUACUUGCGUUUCCCCGUGAGUUGCCUGGGUCGAGAGAAGUACGAAAAGAAGAAAUAGAGAAAGGAAAUCUAAGACCAGCAAAAAGCGCCAUAAAACCAACUAUGAAAAAACUUCUUCCUGAAUUGAAAGAUUUGCUGACAAAUUGGACGUUUAUUUUCAACACGUUGGGUCUAACUUCAACCUUACUUUUUAUAGGUGCCCUUAUUCCCUUUUAUCCUAAAAUACUUAUUGUUAAAUUUGGUGUUCUUCCAGAGAAAGUUGGGUAUGUUUUGGGAUCAAUAAUGGCACCAACAAUGAUUGUGGGAAUUGUAAUUGGUUCUGCAGUAGUAAAGAAAUUUUCUCAAAGAUGUUUGCAAAAAAUCUGCACUUUUUAUAUUUUUCCUGCGUGCUCUUGGUUUCAUAUCACCGUUGUCUUUCCUUAUUCUGGUUGUAAUAAUAUAAAUUUAGCUGGAGUGACGACACCUUACGUCACAUAUGAUUCAGUAAAUUCCACGACAGAGAACAUUAUGAAUAAUGAUUUGUCACUCAUUCACACCUGUAAUGAUAAAUGUGGCUGCUCAAAAAGUCGUUUUACUCCAGUAUGUGGUUCUGAUGGUCUCACAUAUUUGAAUCCAUGCCAUGCUGGAUGUAAAAUAGUUUUCGGAAACGGGACUUUAUCAGGUUGUUCAUGUGUUAAACGCCAUUCUCAAUCUCAAGGAAAGAUUGGAACAGCCAAAAUGGGAGUAUGCGAUAGAGAUUGUAAAAAUUUUAUCCUUUUGUCAGUUUACUGGCGAUUGAUAUCAUCCUCCAGUUUGCGAAAAUGGUUCCAGACAAAACAGACACUAAGGUGUGUUCCGGACGAUAAACGAGCGUUUGCAAAUGGUGUUCAAUACAUAUUUAUGAAAGCGUUAGGUUUUCUUCCCGGUCCUAUUUUAUUUGGUGGCGUUGUUGACAACACAUGUACUGUGUGGCAGAAAACAUGUGGUGUUAGAGGAAGAUGUUUUGAUUAUGAUAUUGAGAAAUUAAGUUACGCUGUGUGCGUACUUGGUGUUUCUUUAACAUUCGUAUCCGUUGUAUUUUAUUUCCUCUCGUGGUUCCUCUACAAACCCGAAGAUACAAUGGACAACGUCGGCAACGAAACGACCAACAACUUUGAAUUUUUGAUAGAUAGUAAAGAAACGAAUUUAUAAUAACAUCAAAUAACGAAAGAAUUGCAAAACAUUAUCGUAAAAACGUAUUUUCAUACAUAUAAAUUCCACAUUUUAUAGUGAAAUAUAGCACUAGAUAAUCACACAGCGAAUUCACUAUCUCUAAAUACAAAGAAAAUUUAACCUGCUACAACAGUAAUUCGGUAUAGAGUGAACUAAGUCUGGUUUACACGAGAGAAAUAUGCAUAACUUGAGCUAUCACAAUCAACAAAUCACGAGUAAUGAUUCAAACGCAAGCUUAAUUAAAGGAAUAAAAGGACAAAAGAAUAUUUCAAUAAAA